UUAAAUCUUUGUAGUCUACUAUUCAUUCUUUUUCUUCCAGAAUUUUUGAAGGUGAAAGGAACCCAAGCCUUCAUCUGCUGCGACAAAGCCGACGACGCCAAUGUCAUCGUCCUCGCCUUCCGCGGCACGGAGGCCUUCAACGCCUUCGACUGGAUAACAGACGUGGAUCUCUCAUGGCUCAGCAUGGGGAAAUACGGCAAAGCCCACCUGGGCUUCAUGAGAGCUCUCGGCCUCCAAGACGAGAAGGACAUCGAAAAAGGUUUCCCCCGCGAGCACCCCGAGCUCGACGAAGGCAGGUUCAUCGCCUACUACGCCAUUCGGGAGACGCUGAGAGAGCUGCUGGAGAAGCACAAGCGAGCCAGAAUCAUCAUCACCGGCCACAGCCUCGGCGGCGCUCUGGCGAUACUGUUUCCGGCGAUAUUGGCCAUGCACGAGCAGCAGGAUAUCAUAGACAGAAUCCAUGGGGUCAUGACUUACGGCCAGCCGAGGGUUGGAGAUGCGGAGUUUGGCCGAAAUGUGUCGGCGGUGCUGAAGUCGAAGUAUCAUAGGAUGGUUUACAGGUAUGAUAUUGUGCCUAGGGUUCCGUUUGAUAAGCCGCCCGUGGCUCUGUUCAAGCAUUUUGGGACUUGCAUUUACUUCACCAGUUGGUAUGAGGGGAAGGUCAGUCUGCUGCUUCUUCUACUCUUUGGGGCUGUUUAAGUUGGAUGUAUAAAGUCGUGGAUUUGAUAAAUCUGAAUUUCAUCUCCGGAACUAGAAUUUUUCAAACAGUUUUAUCAGAUUUACAUGAUUUAAUA